AUGUUUUCUUCUCUUCAUUGUUUAAAUGGGAGCUUUCUUGAUAAAAGUUGUGACAAACAUUACCAAACCUCACCAAAACAGUCUGGUCUGGAUUUUUCACUCGUCCGAGGCGCAUUCCGGAAGCUGGCGAAAAAGGGCAAAGUUUUGACUGAGGUUGAAGCUGUUGUCCAGCACACACUGCUUCCCUCCCUGUAUGAGGAGCCCAUUGGAGUGGAGGGCUUGAGGGUCUACCUGGUUCUCCCUGAGCUCCUCAGGGUCCUUCACAAACAGCACAGAAGUACAGAUCUCACCGAAGCCGUUGCUGCUGCUAUCCUCAGACUGCACCCCGACAAYCUGCAGGUCCUCGGUGACUGCUGGUCCUCAUUGAAGCCAUCUGUCAUGACCAAGCACAUUGGGGUGUGGAAGAAGGCCCUGUCGGCGAUUCUGAGGAGUGAACAUAUUCGACGCACUCGUGACCCUGGGAUCAAACACCUGCUCCAGGUCCUCGGCCAUCUCCACAGAGUCAGUGUCCAUGCUUCUCUGCUC